AUGGCCACGACCAAAGACAUAACCACCGGGUCUAUUGAUGAGGGAGAACUCCGCCGGCAUAGUGUGGGAACCGUUGAAAUCCAAGAUGCCUCUGGAAGACGCAAGACUGUUCAGCUGGAUGAGCUGAAUCCCGCUGACCGAGCUCUCGCUGAACAAUUCGGCUACAAGCCUGUCUUCAAGCGCGAGUUCGGCUACCUCUCGACUUUCUCCUUCGCCGUGAGUAUCUCCGGACUUUUUGCGACAACCACCACCACUUUCAUCUACCCACUAGAGGCCGGUGGUUCUGCUUCCGCCGUGUGGUGCUGGCUCAUUUCUGGUGCUGGAUGUAUGUGUAUAGCUUGCUCUGUCGCUGAAUUGGUUUCCGCGUACCCAACCUGUGGAGGUCUGUACUACACCGUUUCCCGAUUGGCGCCCAAGGAAUGGGUUCCCUCGAUCAGUUGGAUUACCGGGUGGAUCAAUCUCUUAGGACAAGUCGCCGGCAUCGCCUCCUCCGAGUAUGGCGCCGCUCAGAUUCUGUUGGCCGCCGUCUCCAUUGGACGUGACUUCCAGUGGUUUCCCACCACCAACCAGACCGUAGGAGUCAUGGCUGCACUGACUGUUCUGAAUGGAUUGGUCAAUUCUCUUUCAACAUACUGGAUGGAGAAGAUGACCAAGACUUAUGUUAUUUUCCAUUUUGCCGUCCUCAUCUCCUGUGCCGUUGCACUUUUGGCCAAGACCGACAAUAAGCACGAUGCGAGCUACGUUUUCACACACGUCGAAGGAAACGCGGGUUGGACACCAGUUGGAUGGUCCUUUUUGUUUGGCUUCUUGUCCGUUUCCUGGACGAUGACCGACUACGAUGCAACGGCUCACAUUACGGAGGAGAUCGCCGAGCCCGAAAUCAAGGCACCAUGGGCUAUCUCGAUGGCCAUGCUCUGCACGUACGUCUUGGGAUGGCUUUUCAAUAUUGUCCUCUGCUUCUGCAUGGGUGAUCCUACCGAAAUUCUUUCCUCUCCGAUCUAUCAGCCUGUUGCGCAGAUCUUCUACAAUUCGCUUGGCAAAGGUGGUGGGAUUUUCUUCACCGUGGCGGCAUUCAUCAUCCUGCAAUUCGUCUGCUGGACGGCAACACAGGCGUUGGCACGGACGGUGUUUGCAUUCUCCCGCGAUCGUCUGAUUCCCUUCUCCAAGGUCUGGACCAAGAUCAAUCGUUUUACUGGAACGCCAUUGUACGCAGUCUGGAUCAGUGUCUUCUGGUGCAUUGCCAUCAACUUGAUCGCUCUGGGCUCAUACAUCGCCAUUGCCGGUGUUUUCAACGUCUGCGCGAUCGCACUCGACUGGUCAUAUGUCAUUCCGAUUGUCUGCAAGUUGAUCUUCCACAAAUUCGAGCCGGGUCCAUGGCAUAUGGGCAAAUUCUCCUUCUUCGUCAACGUCUGGGCCUGCAUCUGGACCCUCUUCGUCACCAUCAUUUUCAUUCUACCAACCAUCAGACCGGUGACGGCCGACAACAUGAACUACGCCAUUGCUUUCUUGGCUUUCAUCCUCCUAUGCGCUGCCGUUUAUUGGUACCUUGGUGGCAAGAAAUUCUACACAGGUCCCAUCAUUGAAGCCGAAAUUCAUCAAGAUGAAGUUGACAGCUCGACAUCAGCACUGGAUCAGGAGAAGAAAGACGAUGGAAUGCGCGAAAGGGUGGCCACUGCAGUUUAA